UGGAAGGUGCAUGAGAAAUUCUGUCACACCCACUGGUCCCCCCAACUAGGACCAAGACUCUUUACAACAAUCAUCUCCUUUGCAACGGAGCUGGGAUCAGCAGGACUCAUCUGCCAUUUCAGACUCUCAGCUGUGACCUGCCAGGCGGCCUCACUGCUGAAGAGAUGGCGGGCUUCCCAGCCUCCCUGGACUCCUUUGGGCGGGCGCCUUGGCCCAGCGGUCUCUUGUUCCACAUGCUCCUCCUCCUCCAGCCUGGGGAGCUGAACUCAGAGGAGCUCCAGGUGAUUGGCCCUGAGGCGUCCAUCCUGGCACAUGUCGGGGAAGAGGUGGAGUUCCCGUGCCACUUGCCCAGUUACCAGAGCGCAGAGCACAUGGAGAUCCGCUGGUUCCGGAGGCAGACCUCGGAGGUGGUGUACCUGUUCCCUGAGCCACAGGAGCUCCCCGGGCAGCAGAUGGAGCAAUUCCGGAACAGGACCAAACUCUUAAAAGAUGACCUCGCGGAUGGCACAGUGAUCCUGCAGCUCCGCCGUGUAAUCCCCGCCGACCAGGGCCCCUAUGGAUGCCUCUUCCUCUCCAGCAGCUUCUCUGGGGAAGCUGUUUGGGAACUGGAGGUAGCAGGGAUGGGGUCAGACCCUCACAUCUCCCUUGAGGGCUUCAAGAAAGGAGGCAUUCAGAUGCGAUGCAGCUCCAGUGGCUGGUACCCCAAGCCCCAGGCUCAGUGGAGAGACCAUCGGGGACAGUGCCUGCCUCCUGAGUCAGAAGCCAUCACCCAGGACGCCCAGGGCCUGUUCAGUCUGCAAACAUGGGUGGUUGUCCAAGAGGGGGCGCACAGCAACGUGUCCUGCUCCAUCCAGAACCCCCUCCUCUUCCAGAAGAAAGAGUUCACAGUCCAAAUAGCAGACAUUUUUCUACCCGGGCCCUCCCCGUGGAAGGCAGCUUUCCUCGGGACCCUGGUGGGCGGCCUGACGCUGCUGCUGGCCCUGCUCGCGACACUGGCGCUGUGCUGCUUUCACCGGCAGCAGCGGUCCCAAGAAAAGCUAAAGGAGCAAGCGGACACGGACAAAGGGAAACUCACUGCAGAACUGGGGAAGCUGCAGGCGGAGCUCAACUGGAGAAGGGCUGAAGGCCAGGCCGAGUGGAGAGCAGCCCAACAACAUGCAGUGGACGUGACCCUGGACCCAGCCUCUGCACACCCCAGCCUGGAGGUCUCCCAGGAUGGCAAGAGCGUGCUUUCCCGCGGGGCGCUGCGAGUUCUGGCAGAGCCGGGAGACCCGCAGCGGUUCAUGGAGCAGACAUGCGUGCUGAGCCGCGAGCGCUUCCAGGCCGGCCGCCACUACUGGGAGGUGGAUGUGGGCCGGCGCAGCCGCUGGUUCCUGGGCGCCUGCCUGGAGGCGGUGGCGCGCACAGGCCCGGGGCGCCUGAGCCCGGCCACUGGCUACUGGGUGAUGGGGCUGUGGAACAGCAGCGAGUACUUCAUUCUAGAGCCGCGGCGUGUGGCGCUCUCCCUGCGAGUGCCUCCCCGGCGCGUGGGCAUCUUCCUGGACUGCGAGGCCGGAAAGCUGGCCUUCUUCAACGGGACCGACGGCUCCCACAUCUUCACCUUUACCGACACCUUCUCUGGGCCUCUCUGCGCGUACUUCAGACCCAGAGCCCCAGAUGGCAGUGAACACACGGACCCUCUCACUAUCUGCCCAUUGCCUGUUCCAACGACUCGCCUCCCGGAAGAGGAUGACGGGGACACCUGGGCACAGCCCUUUGAGUCCUCAGACCUCGCCCUGGACCUGUGGUGAGGUGCCCUCUGGCCGUAGGGCUGGGUCCUGGGCAGCUUCCUCUGGGGUGGAGGAAGCAUCGCCAAAGUGCCAGCAAGGGCGUGGGAUUCUGCACAGUGGAAAGGAACAGAGAGAAGGAUUUGGCCUGUGUAGAUGUGAAUGUGUUCCCUUGAAAUUUUCUCUAAGAAAAAGAGGCGAUUCCAAAGCUUGUAUGUGUGUAUCAGAGGACCAAACGAAUGAGUAAGAAGAUACUGAUGUUGCCGGGACCAGGAUGCUCACUGUGGAAGAGGGCAGGAAACUGGGAGGGAAAGAAGGGAGAGACAUGAUUGGAUUAAAGGUAUCUGUUAAUUUGCA